AUGUUGCGAAUGCUCACGUGCGCCGCCACUUCAGCACGCAUGAGAGAUAACCAGAAGGCCACUAAAGAACUUUUCGAAAGCCUCGAUGUUGGAGUGGUGGGGUCGGGUAUUUUUCAGAGCACACCGUAUCAAACGUGGGCAAAGUUCGUGACCAAAGUUUACAAGAAGAAUCCUGAAGCUGGCCAAGCGGCCAUGUUCUCAAUAUUGAGAGACCACUACGGCGAUGAGCCUCUGGCUAAGCUUUUAGCUGAAGCACGUCGAGGCUGGGGGACAGCGACCGAAGCGAAACAAUUUGAAAGUAUUCAACUCGAUAACUGGCUCGCUCACGAGAAAACAUCAGAUGAAGUCUUCAGUCUUCUGAAGCUGAACGUGGAUGAAGAUGAUCUUUUGAAGAACCCAUUGUUGAGCACAUGGAUGUCGUAUGAAAAGAAGCUCGGGACGGAGAAUCCGAAUCAUGCAUUACUGCUCAAGUUGAGAGAAAGGUAUGAUGACGCAGAUUUAGCUAAAAUGUUAGUCGCGGCGAAAAAUGAUCGCAGUACACAGGUCAUUGCUACGCAUGUGGAGCGCGCACAGCUUGAAAGCUGGUUGAAUGGCAAGAAAACGACAGAGGACGUCUUCAAGCUUCUACGUCUCAAUACAGAUACAGGGGUAGACCUGCUGAAGAAUUCCGCUCUGAAAAUAUGGAUGAAAUACGUGGCAACUAGCGGUCAGAAUGCCUAUCAGUUGCUGUUACUGAAACUGAGGACGAAAUAUAGCGACGAACAAUUGGCGAAGAUACUCGACGUUGCGGCAAGAGACAGCAAUGUUCGAAUUGAAGUCUGGAAAUUGGAAGGGGCGCAGCACAAUGACUGGUUAGGAGGGAGGGCGAGCGCAGAUAGCAUAUUCAAGCUUCUCAAACUGAACAAAGAGGGUGAGGAACUUUUUAAGAGCCCAAUUUUGGACACUUGGGUCAACUACGUGGCGAGACUAGGCAAGAAAAACAUGGAUGAAACGAUGUAUUCGGUGAUGAAGAAAUACUACAGCGACGAGAAACUAGAAGAGAUGUUUGCUAAGGCGAAAAAUAGCAUUUUUACGCGCAAACUUGCAUCGGAUCUGGAGCAGGAGAUGUGGAGGAGCCAAGGGAAAACGGCGGACGAUAUUUUUAAAUUUCUGAAUCUUGACAAGAAGGACGCUUACAAGCUUUUCGAUGAUCCGAAGAUCGUCACUUGGGCCACGUAUGUCAACAGGCUGAACAGCUUAAAGAAGAUCCCUGACGAUUUCGCACUCAUUUCGGAAUUAGAGAAGCGCUUCGAUGACUUGGAUCUGGCACGAAUGCUUGUAUAUGCACAUCCGCCCCGAGAAACGAAAAGUGCUAUUACCAUCAUGCAAGAAUUGCAGUUCAAGAAGUGGAGGGCCAAGGGUUGGACACCCACACAAGUCGAGUCGUCACUGGAAAAACAGAGCCCAGACAACGUGCUGAACUGGUCGGUCCGUCAAGCUUACAAAAUGUUCAGCGAAUAA